AUGCUCGUCCUCUGCCUAACUCAUCAUUCCCACCGUUUUCCAGACUCAUUUCCAGAGACGCCUCCUGAUUGGCCUCCCCAGGCUGGUGUUUCCAAUCUAUUCAGCUAUGCAGAGAAAAGAUGGGGAAGAGGACAUUUCUCUGGUGGUUCCCAGAUGAGGAAACUGAAGGGCAGAGAGACGGACUUCCUUGAAGUCAUGCAGAAAAGCAAACCCAUGAGGACUAAGAUGGGGGCAAAGCGAGAGAGGCCCCUGCACAACCCUGAGGGAGUCCUCCUGACAUUUUCAUCUGCCUCAAUCCUGAACCCUGUGCCACCUAAGCUAUGGAACUCACCUGCCACUCUCAAAGUCCCUCCAAAGAGCUUCUAA